AUGGAUAUGCAAGGAUGGGAUGGUGAAGAUGAUGGUUAUUGUGAUGGUGAUGGUGAAGAUGAUGGUUAUUGUGAUGAAGAUGGUGAUGGUGAAGAUGAUGGUUAUUGUGAUGAGGAUGGUGAUGGUGAAGAUGAUGGUUAUUGUGAUGAGGAAGGGGAUGGUGAAGAUGAUGGUUAUUGUGAUGAGGAUGGUGAUGGUGAAGAUGAUGGUUAUUGUGAUGAGGAUGGUGAUGGUGAAGAUGAUGGUUAUUGUGAUGAGGAUGGUGAUGGUGAAGAUGAUGGUUAUUGUGAUGAGGAUGGUGAUGGUGAAGAUGAUGUUGAUUAUAAUGAUGAAGCUUUAUGCUAG